AUGGCCGCCAAGGCGAGCGGGCGCACGACGUACCGCCACCGGCCCGUGCCUGCCCCGCGCCUCUCGAGCAAGGUGCAGGCGAUCAUUGACGACGCCAAGCGCAAGCACCGCACCGACAUGCGGCUCGAUGCAUGGACGAACCAAGGCUUCGCCGGCUCGGACAUUUGCGAUAUGCCCAUCGACAGCAGCAAAGACAUUCCGCGCGAGUCGUGCAAGGACCUGAGCGUCCAGCGCUUCAUUGACGAGUACGAAAAGCCCAUGCUGCCGCUCAUCAUUGAAGGGAUCCCGGAAGACGAAGGCUGGACCGCCUGCGACAACUGGCAUCUCAAGAAGCUCAAGAAGGACUACAAGCACGCGAAUCUCAAGGUCGGUGAGGACGACGACGGCAAGACGCUGCGCAUGAAGUUCAAGUACUUUUGCAAGUACAUGAAGACGCAGAUCGACGACAGAACGACGCAGCUCUUGCACGACUACAAGGUCCCGCGCUACUUCCCCGACGACCUCUUCUCGCUCGUCGGCGAGUCGCGCCGGCCGCCGUACCGGUGGUUCCUCGUCGGGCCCAAGCGGUCCGGCACGUGCGUGCACCUCGACCCGCUCGGCACCAGUGCCUGGAACACGCUCCUCGUCGGCCGGAAGCGCUGGGUCGUCUUCCCGCCGCACGUCGACAAGACGCUCGUCAAAGCAAAGGGUCUCGUAUACCCCGGCGAGGACGACGAGGCAGGCAACUACUUUGCCGACUUGCUCCCGCGCAUGCUGGCCAAGGACCCGAAACUCGAGUACAUGGAGUUCAUCCAGUACCCGGGCGACACGGUCUAUGUGCCCGGCGGCUGGUGGCAUGCAGUCUACAACAUGGACGACACGAUCGCGGUCACCCAAAACUACUGCUCGCACGCCAACUUUGACCGCGUCUGGCGCAAGACGCGGUCUGGCCGGAAGCGCAUGGCGGUCAAGUGGCUCGACCAAUUGAAGGUGCACUACCCCAAGCUCGCCGCUCGCGCCAUCCACCUCAACGCAGCCGACGACUACACCAUGUACGAGAAGAAGCGACCGAUCGAGGACGUCGAGGAAGAGCCCGAGCCCGAAGGCAUGAAGAAGAAGAAGAAGUCGAAGAAGUCGUCCAUGAGCUAG